CAGCAUAUUCAUCCGGUUGGUAGUUGGAGGUGAAAAAAACAGUUUUCUGUGACUCCUGCGAAUUGGCUCAAAUUCACCCAGCACAUUGCAAUAGAGUCCCUCUCAUCUCAUGAUGUUUGCGUGCGUUGGGAGCUUGGAUUGCUUACGCUUCCAACGCAAAUGUCUAACUAGCCUACCAUUUACCAAUACCAAGACCAAUACCAAGGCCGCAGACACCGAUCUUUGUUCAGAAGUGUGCAAUAAUAGCGAGCUACCAUACUCCCCUGAAAAUGCAAAGGUCCAGCGAAUGCCUGUAAAAACGAGACCAUUAGCGAAUUACUACUUCACCGAUAUCGAUUCGAUGCGGCUGGCAUUAUACUUAUUUAAACUGGCCGUCCGCGAGGCCCAGCAGCUCAGCGGUAACGCGUCGCCUGCACGCGCUGCAAACGACGUCACUCAGGUGUUUGCGCACUGUCUGGCGUCCUUCUGUGUGCGACAUUGAACGACCAGGCUCACCAUUACCGGUGUGGUAUACCGCGAACGAUCGUCAUAUGUGUAAUGUUUGAAAUAGGCAGCGGCUUCUGCCAACCAGGCGAUAACUUAAUAGCGGUUCGGCUGUACCUAAUGCUAUCGAAUUUAUCAACUUUGAUAAAUGGUAAUAAUCCAAAGAGCCCUGCGUCCCCCGGCCUUGAUGGGCCAUUCGUUGUAAUGUUUGCCCAUGGAUAACACAACCGUACGCAAGCUCAAAUGGAGACUGGCGAAUUUCUACGUUGCCAUGGGCGUCAUGCAAAGAAGUGCCUCACCGGACGAGGGAUGGCCCUUUCCAAAACCUAGCUCCAUUCGGUCUCGAUCGUUGCUGCAAGGACGAUCGCCUCUUCUUACUGCUUGUCGCAAAAUCCUGGUAAGGAAUCGUAAGGAAUCGUAAUCGAUUUGGAAAAUUUUAGUUUGCAAGCAUUGCUCUUUCUUGCGCAAGCUGGAUCAAAGACGAACAAUUUGCCGUGCAGCUUGAUCAACAUUUCAAAAACCCGUGCAAGAAAAAGAAACUACAGACGUUCGAAGGAACAAUGCAGGAUCAUUACAGUUCUUCAAAACAUACCAAAGAAUGCAUUGACUUGGAAGUAAGCUCUCUAUCCGAAGAGCAGUCACAACACGAAGAGAAACAACAAAUUGGCCAUCUGUCCAAACCAAAAGUCACCAUCACCUAUAGCGAGCUGAAGCCUCUGAAGCGGCCGACUUCAGACGAAUCCGUGGAUGCGCCACCCUCUAACAAAGCCAACGACUCCCUGACGCGUCUCAUCAGCCGCUGGACCCACCUCUGGAGCCAUCUGUGUCUUCUGGGAGUGCUCCAGUGCCCCUCGUCCGGCUGCGGUCGCCUCCCGUGGUUCCUUCUCCGCACUGUACUGGCAGUAACCCUUCUCGCGCAAGCCGUCACCUCCGUGCGCACGCUGGUCGCUCUUCCCCACGGCGCUGCUUUCUUCGUCAGUUUACAGGCGUGUGAGCACUUCAGUCUUCUGUCUCUUCUUCUACCAGCAUUAUCCUUUCGAGCGAACGCCUUUCGAAGAGCCCUGGCACUAAUGUCGCGCCUUCAGACUUUGGAGGUGUUUGGUGACCUCAGACCGGCCGCUGCGAAGCGCAGGAUGGUGUUUGUGAUGGUUGUAGCGGGCCUGGUGUUUGUUGGUUUGCAGGGACUUCAUGUGAUUGGAGGUCUGAUUACAGUGGAGUUUCGUCAGAGACAGACACUGCCGGCGAAGAAGUUUGCCCUCUUCCCGAUAAUGAUAACUUCAGACAGCCUUCUGAUCCACUACGCCUUGGUGGCGCUGCAGUUUGUCCACGUCUUCAGCGUCUACGCGGCCAACGUUCUAAGCGUCACCACUCUCCACCUCAUCAACAUCUUCCUCUACUACCACCUGGACCACCUCGCCACCACCGUCCGAGCGCUGCUGGAGAGAAGCGGUACCCUCGCCAACAGAACUGUCCGGACUUCUCCCGGGGGCUCUGGAGAAAACUGGAGUGCACAGCUCGACGGGGAAACACCCAACACCAGGCGGUGGACCGAGAUUCUGGAGGCGCACUCACUUUUGUGGCAACUGCAGGGUGAGCUGCAGAAGACUUUCGGUGAGUGCGGCGCCGUGACGCAUCUGGCCGGUCUGCUCGACAUCUGUCUGACUUCCUACAUCUGUAUCAGGGCUUACUGGCAGUACGAGCUGAGUUGGAUGGUACUGGCGGUGGCCGCCGGCUACAUGACCUUCUCUGGACUCUGCAUCCUGUUCGAGUCCAUGUCCACCGACUGCGUCCAACAGGCGAACGCGGCUAUUUUCGACUCCAACUACUGCCGAUCUCUGGUCGGUCUCCGUCCCCAGGAGCUGGAUAUCGCCCGGCUGAUCAUGAUGAAGGCCAGGGAGCCCAUGCAGCUGAACGUGAUGAACAUGUUUGACAUCACAAUGGCCAGCUUCGGAUCGGUGCUGAGCCUGGCAGUGACCUAUUUAAUCAUCAUAAUACAGUUUGACGGAUAAGUAUUGAGCCCAUUUCAACCGACGCAUCUUCAACAAGAGGGCACUGCCAAUGUAGCUGACGAAUAGAAAACAAUCAACGAGAGAUCCCUUGCACCGCCCUUGAUUAUAAUACGUAGCUAGUAAACCCGUAGCCUAUAGGUCUAGAUGAUCGUUUCCUAAUAAUCAGUGAUUUGCAUUUUCUGUCAACUUGUGAAACAUUUAAGCGUAUUUGCGUCGAAAAGUACCAUGCAUUUUAUUUCAACUCGUAUUUGAAAGGCUGAUGGAGCUCGACUUUGAAUUUACAAGAAGAGGUCAGAUAAGUA